AUGGAUGGGAUCAAUGACAGUGGUGAUGGAAAUUGUUUCUCCAUUAAAAUUGAACCAACGGAAAUCACACAGGAGAGAGGGAGUUGUUCUUCAAGGUCAAGCAUAAAGGCACAGAGCAAGAAGACGUGCCGCAGUAGCAGAAAGUCCAAGUGCAAUUCAAUAGACUUGGAGGAGAUUAAGAGGCACUUCGACGUUCCAAUAACCAAAGCAGCCAAGGAGAUGAAUGUGGGAUUGACGGUAUUGAAGAAACGCUGCCGGGAGCCUCAAAUCAAGAGAUGGCCUCACCGGAAGAUCAAAAGCAUAUCCUCUCUCAUUCAAAACGCUAGGGUAGAGAAGUUUCUUUCAUCACCUUUUACAGUUUUACCAUUUUGUUUUUCUGCUUACCACCUGUUGAAUUUGUGGGUGGGAAAAGGAAAUGGGAAUGGCAGGAGAAGUAGAGAUGUUAGAAGGACACAAGAGAGGCAGAUGGAGAAACUAACGGAGUUGGAGCUAACAGAGAAAUCCAAGAAACUAAGGCAGGCUUGUUUCAAAGCCAACUACAAGAAGAAAAGGUCCUUGGCUGCUUCUGCCGCUGCUACAACUCAACUUUCUUGA